UAGUCAAACAUUUUACCUACCUAGUUAACGUUUGUUACUUGGCGAUAUCGUUACGGCAACCGUAGUAACCUAUUUGUUAAAUAUCAUUUGAAACUUUCGAAUUUUUUCAUAAUCAAAAAUUCGUUUUUGGAAGCAAAAGAAAUAAAGAAAUCGCGUUUUGAUUAUUUUAAGCUUGAUUAUAUUAGAUAUCUUUAAAUAAUUUUUACAAAAACUGAACAUAAAUCCACGAUGUUAAAUUGUACAUCACGGGGCAAAGAAGCUGCAAUCGAAUUACCGAAAGUCGGUAAUAAGAAGCCUAUAGUACUAUCAUCUCAGCGCUUUAAUAAAUUACUAAAUAAUGCCAACCAGACGGAUAAACUACGAGCUCAGAAAGAAUUAGAGGAGGAACAAAAGUACAAAGAGUAUUUGAAAGAGGGCUCCGAUCAAUUGGUUGCACAUUUCAAGGGUAACAUACAACGAACUCAGGAUGAGAAGUUGGCUGAAAUUAAAGCUCAUAUGGAAGAGAAGAUUACAAAAAUGCAGGAAAACUUCCAUAAGACAAAAGAAAAUGAAGAACGCAAGCGGAGCGAGAAACUGGCAAAAGCACAAAACUUGAUCGAGCAAUUGAAGCCGGGUCCCAAACAGCUCCAGUCGGCUGCCUUACAAAGUGAGGUGCUUCGAGCGCGUAACGUGCAAAGAAACAUAAACAAAGAGUUCGAAAGAGCUAUUAAGCAACAAGAAUGCAUGGAUAAGAUGGCUUGCCAACAACAAGCAUUGGGUUUCAUGGAAGAGGAUCUACAGCGGCAAUUAGAACGACAUCAGGCCAUGGACGUUUACAAAAAGGAAAUGCUACAGACCAUUAACGACAGCACCAAACAACGUGCGGAAUGUAAAAAACAGCUAAUUAAAGAGCAGCAAGCAGCGCGAGAAGCUAUGGACCAGGAGAUUAAAGCACAAAUCGAAAAGGAGAAAGCGAUUAUGGAGAAAAAACGAGCUGCACUGCGUAAAAAUGCAUUAGAAGCCAUGAAAAUGGUUGAACAGCGUAGAUUAAGAGAACGUAUGACUGAGGAAAUAGAAAAUCGCCUUUGUUGUGUUUACAAUUUGGGCAAACAAGACUUGAAUGCUGCAAAGCAAGAGGAGGAGAAGAAACCCGCACCAGAGGAAGAGAAGAAACAAGAGAUGCAAGUUCAAUUCCUUCGCUGUAUUCAAGCUAAGACCGAAGCAGAAGACGACGAGCGUGUGCGCCGUGAUAUUAGUCGUAUGCAGUUGAAGUUCACAGCUGAGGAGCAAGAGAAGAUACGCAAAGACAAGGCGGCGAAACAAGCGCGUAUCGAGGCUUAUAUGCGUGAGCUACAGCAACAAAAGGAGGCCAAGCGUCGCAGUGAGGAAGAGAAGCGUUACGAUAUGGCAACACGCUUUAAGAACUGCGAGGUAAAUCGUCUAUUCGAAGAGGCACAAAAGCAACAGCGUCUAGCCAAAAUACAAGACACACGUAAAACAUUACAUGAGCAAAUGGAGCAGAAAAAAAAGAACGAAAAGGAAGACAAAGAACUCAUGCGUACUUGCGAAAGUAAUCACGAAGAGCGUGAGGAUAAAUUCUUCUUCGAAUAUGCACGCAAUCUUAUGGAGGAUGCACACAAAAAAGAUCGCCCACUAUAUCCAUUCGUUAAAGUGGUGCAACAGUACAAGCGUGAUCGUGGCAUUGACUGUGAAAGAAAAACACCAAAGCAUCUGUUGUCACAGGUUAACAUUGGUACACGACAACCAGGAGAUAGCAAGCAAGAUGGCGAUCACACUGCCGCGGCAGUGCCAACGAAAAGCUCGAAAUCGAAGUUAACACCGAGGAGCUCGGCUGAGGGGUUGCAUAUAGGUAAAUUCACUACUUCAGGAACCGAUAAAUUGACGACAGAGAAAAAUUUAAAAGAUAGUAUACUUGAAAAUUGCCUUAAAAUAUCCGAGCUAAUUGCGGCUGAUACCAAAAAGACUGGCGGAAACAAGGAAAAAUGUGAUAAUAGAUUAAUAGACUGUUUGAAGCCAAGCAACCGUGUGGCCGAGGCAAAGAAAGAGGACGACUGUGAAUCGUUAAUCAGUAACAGCAAAGUGCGAUAUACCAUGUUGGAAUUGAAAGAAUUGAAUCAAUUCACAUAAACGUAUGUGCCAGCGAUAGAAGCGUAGAUAUUGCAGCUUGUUUCAGCUUAUUUUCAUUAUAUUUUUGUUAAUUGUUCGUGUGCAUUUUCAACAUACAUGUAAUAAAUGAUUUCUUGCAAAUAAAAA